CUCCACAGCCUGCUCCUCUCUCCAUCUAGUCUAUCUUACGCUACACUACUCGACUCGACUCGACCGCUACGCUACACGUCACUACAUUACUCCACUGACCCGCUGCUUCCGUAUUCAUCGGCUAUCGGCUAUCGGCUGUCGGUCAUCGGUCAUCGGUCCGGGCCCCUGCAUCACAAAGACGCAAAGAAAGAGACAAGACCAGACGACAUCCGACGCGGUCAGCCGGCGAGAUGUCCCCAGCCCGAGGAAAGAGGUAGCCUUUCUCUCUCUCUUUCUCUUUCUCUCUCGCAGCAAAAGGCUCCAUACGGACACUAGCUGGAUUUUCCACCGACUGGCUCUGAAUAUGCGUGAUCCGCGCUCUGGAUCGGUCUCGCGCUCGCCCUCAUCACCAGGCUCAGCAGGGGAAGAGAAGCAGGACGAGGAGGUGUCUGUGAGAAGUCUCAAGCCUGAGCCCAUUGCAAAAGCUGGGACGGAGCCUGACAGAUGGAGCAUAUGGACUGCUACUUCUACGCUGCAUAAUGAGGAGACGGACGGACGCAGUCAAGCUCGGCAGGAUGGAGAGGAGGAGGACGAGGACGAGGACGAGGAAGACGCGAUUCUGGAUGCAAUCCUCGCAUCCUCCUCUCUCGCCCUCCAAUCUGCUCAAGAAGCACUACAAAGAACUCUCUCUGAUCGGAAACAGCUGGCACAAUUUAGAGUGGAUGAGAAUGCCUCGGAGCUACUCAUGGGCAAGAGGGAAGUGGAGCUGCUGACGCAGCUAGAGGCCAAUCGGCAGAUGACCGAGUACGUAGAGCAGCGCACCUGCGAGUUGCAGACCCUACUGAAGGGUUCGACAUUAGCGUCUUUCCCCCGGGGACCAAGGCGCAACCCCUCCUGUUCAACCUCGACGGGAGGUUGGAAGCUAGGUACUGCAACAGGAGAUCCGACGGUGGAAGCAGCUGCGCAACUGAGUAGCAGCAGCCUCGAGGGCGGCGUCAAGGGCAUCGUCGAGGCACCUCAGGACCAGGGAGUGACGAUGGGCAAGUCUGCUGCGAGGAGGUUGGAGAAGAUGCUAGGACAACACAAGGUCAGGAGCAACGGAGGAGGUAGCGAUGCAGGCGCAGGAUCAAGUGGGAGCGAUCGCCCGAGCCUGGGAGGAAGGAGGGACGCACAAAGCAUGCUCGCCUCUUUGUCCGCUGUGUCGUCCACUGCAUCGCCUCAACGGUCGACUUCGACUUCGACUGCUGCGGAAGGGCCGAGAAGACCAUCGAGCGCAGCAAGCCCCUUUGGCUUUCCUUCAACUCCCUACUCUCCUCAACGGGCAGGGAGCUCCAGCCAUCUCUCGGUGCGGAGCAGCAGUGGCGUCUCCACUAUCACGGCCGCAUCGUUCCAGACAGCCAGGUCUGCCUCCUCUCCAGCGUUACCCGACGUAUCUGGCGAGCAGAUGGAGGAGCUCCUGGAUGACGAAGACUCCUCAAGGGCUCGUGCGCUCGAUGCGCCAGAUUCGCCAAGUCCCUCCAGCUCGACCUCUCCAUCCUCGCCUGGGCCUUCACGGCGUUCGUCGUACUCUGCAGAAGUUCCAACGAUGGGCACGCGCACAUCAUCGAGGAGCAGCUCGCCAACGUCCACGCUGCUGAGCAGGCGACAGCAAUUGCAUCGCAGUCAUCCCUCAGCUCCCGCAGUCGUCUCUACACGCAGCUCAACCAGCGCCACAUCUUCAUCUUCACUCUGGUCACCAGGGCUAUCCACUGCCUAUUCCCCGAGUAUCACAUCCCCCUCUUACAUGGAAGCGCCGAUGGCCAGCACAUCUGUCUCAACCUCGGGCAUCAUACCGCAAAGACGUCCAAGCCCUUCACAGAGGCGAACUGUUUCGGCUUCGGGACCUUUUGCCUUCUCCUAUACAGGCCCGGGCGGGCGGAUCGCUCGAGCAAGUGCAGUCCCUAGCUUGUCGCCUGCGACUGCAUCCUCGCCCUCGCCCUCGUCGAGAGCUGUCCUUUCGUCUCAACCACCUUCCGACGGGACGAUGGCCUUGGCAACGAAGAGCACUAUGGAUAACGAACCUGUCGUCGACUCAACAGACGCAGUUGCAGUUGGAAAGUCUGCUCGAGGUUGGGGCUUGGGAAGCUGGAUUACCUUUGGCGGCACUUCAGCGCCUCCCCAGGCGCAGGUCGAUCCCAGAGAAGAGGAGGCGAGGGAGAGGGAGACUGUAACUUGAGCAGAUGGAAGCGAUCUCACUGUCGGUCGCUCGCUCCCUCGCUACUGCCGACGGUCUUGCCCGGCCUCGGGGAAUCUUACUGGAUGCUGUCUUAUGUACCUCAUUAAUCUCCUUCACCAAUUACUCAUUACCCGUCCCCCAUACCCCAUACCCGUAUCCAAUACCCAAGUAUACCCAUUGUCAACUAUAUCACUUCGAACCAAUACCCAAUACCCAAUGUAUCCUUUCUCAUUUCCAGCUUCCUCAACCAUGGAUGUGGACAUGGACAUGGACGUGUCAGACAAGGUACGUGAGACUGGUUGCCAG